AUGCAAAAGUAAGUUUAUCAUCAUUAUUAAGAGAGGAAAUAGAUCAAGCAUUAAAAUAUUUCUGUUUCAAGUAUACCUAUUACAACAUAUUUGCUUUGAUAUUUUCAUUAUUUCAAUAUAAUUUGCUACCAUUUGCUCUACCAAUUGGAUUACUUAUUAUUCAAGAAGUUAUUUGUUGGAUUUGCUUUUCUAAAAGAAAUCUCAUAUUAUCACUAUAACAUAUGCUUCAAGUUUUGGCAGCCAUUUUUAUAAUAAUUCUCUAUUAUAUUGAUAUGUAUUACUACAUAUUUGUUAACUUAUUUGUUGUAUUUACAACAUUCCUUGGAAUUAAAUGGAGUUGUCAAUAAGAUAAUUAGCAUGAAUAUUCAACUAUCUUUAGAUAUGUGAAAAUAUAAAUUAUAUUUAUAGCUUCAAGGAUUCUAUAGUAUAUCAGUAUUGAUUGCUUCAUUAUGUGUAACAAUUAAACUGAAUCAAUUGGUCAAUUGGACUUGGCCUUAAACUUUUUGGUGGUAUUGGAUGUAUUUAAGUGCUCUUAUAGGUAGUGCCUUUACAAUAUUAAUGAUCCUAAUUUCUAAAUUAAUUAAUUAAUUCUACUACCAUAGUAUAUCUCUCCAUUCUAAUGAAUGUAUAACAUCAGUCCUUAUUUAGAUAAAACCUUGGUUUGGUCUUUUUAUCUUUUUUCAAUGGCCAGUAUCAUAUCUGGUGUAUGGAUAAUAAAUACAUUCAAUCUACUAGGUAUGAAUCUAAAAAUGGAUAUUGGAAUAAUUGUAUUUGGUGUACUAAUAGCAUUUAAUUUGUUUAUGUUUGCAGGAACUCAUUUUAUAUUUAAAGACAUUUCUAUAGUUUUUACUUAACUCAUGAAUGCUGAUUUUCAACAAAGAGAAUUACCAUGUAGUCCUAGAAUGGAUGAAAUUAGAAUCAAAUAAAAUACAAAAUCUCCAAUAUUAUUGAAAAAAUUGUCAUCUUCAUAUUUUCGUUUAGUAACUUGCUAGGAAUUCUUAAUGUAUGCUAAUACUAAUAAAGAAGUACUAUUUACAGAAAGGGCCAAUAAUUUAUCAUAAAAUAUUAUUAGAGAUGUUAAUUAAGAAAUUAAAAGAAUCAAAAAGUCAAAGUAAAAAACAGACAUAGUUCUUGAAACUCAAAAAACAUAAGCUGCCAAUACUUAAUGCAUUAUUUGUUGUGAAAAAUAAGCAAAUUCAGUAUUAAUGAAAUGUGGACAUGGAGGUAUAUGUUAUGAAUGUGCAUUUGAAAGUGCAUAAAAAAGUCGAGAGUGCUUUCUCUGUAGAUAAAGAGUCACAGAAAUAUAUGAAAUUGAUUAAAAUGAAUAAGGCAAUUAUCUUAAAGUUUAUAGUAAAACUAGAAUUAUUUGA